CUCUCAAGAUGGCGCCGGCGUGGUUCCGCGCGUCGGACGUGCCGCAGCCGCGCCGCCGGUUCGCUCGCUCGUGUCGGUGACGACGGUUUGAUGACAGUCCCGUGUCAGCGUCGAUACCGUGUGUGUGUCCCUGUGUGAUGCGUGUUGUGAUGGCCGACGAAGCGAUCCUCGACCAACUACGUCAGGUGUUUGAUCUGUGCGACGAAGAACGAUGUGGAUACAUUACCUCGGACAAACUGAGACAGCUGGGACGCGAGCACUUCGCCGGCAGCGAACAGGCCCUAGUGCAGCUGGUGCAAUGCUUGGAUCCUGGACAGCGGGGGCUCAUAUCUUUCAAGGACUUCGCCGCAGGUGUCAUGGCCCUGCUCGGAGCUAGCAACGGUCACGCCGUCGAGGUGGACGGCAUUUCCCGGAAGAACGGAUUCUACUGCUCAGACACUCCCCCUGGCGGCGGCGGUGGCGUGGACGAGGCGUACAUGAGUUCUUCGCAGCGACCGGACAGCCCGACGGACAGCGCGCUGCCGCCGAGCGACCGCUGCUCGCCCGUCAACCACAAGGGCGGCGGGAGCAGUGGCAGUCCCAGCUACAGCGACGCCGAGGAGACCUUCGAGUGCGACGUCGAAGAGGAGGACUACGGCGUCAUGGACGUCGGCAAGACGCCGCUCAGCUCGGACAGCUUCCGUAGCACGAGCAGCAGCGGCGGAAGUACCGGGGGAGGCGGAAGUGGACGCCGGCACCUGCCCCAGCGGAACUCCUGGCUCAGGACUAGCCUACGUCGAUCGGGAUCUGGUCGCAAGUCAAGUCCCGUCCAGAGCAGGCCGAGUGGUCUCCUGGUGCCCGAGGGUCCCCGGCGGGGCAGCUUCGAGGCCGAGGACCUGCUCCCGCUGGGCGUCUCGUCCUCCAACCACCACCACCACAACCAGGAGGAAGAGGAGAGGCGACAGCAGUGCGUGGACGAGCUGGGCGACCAGGUGCACCAGCUGCAGAGCCAGGUGGCUGCGCUCAGCGAGUCCCUGGCCUCCAACGGCGACCUCUACCGGCGCGUCAAGCAGGAGAACGCCACCCUCGUGCACAGGAUCCACAACCUGGAAGAGCAAAUCCGAGAGCUGGAGGUCCGGUCGGAAGAGCGUGUACACGAGGAGGAGAGGAGGCUCAAGGAUGCUCUGAGUCGCCAGGAGCGGGAGAGCGCCCUGGAGCUGGAGCGGUGCGGCACGCAGCUGCGGGCGCUGCAGCAGGAGCAGCGUGCCCUGCAGGAGGAGGCCCUGCGGCUGCGCGCGCUCACCGACCGACUCAAGGGCGAGAAGGAGCAGGCCCUGGAACAGCUCGACCAGAGCCAGGCGCAACUGGCACAGCUGCGCGAGGAGCACCAGCGGCUGCAGGAGCUGUGCAGACGUGAGCGCGAGGAGGCCCAAGCACAGCGUAGUUUGCAAGCGCAACUGCUCCAGGAGGUUGGGCGAGAGCUGGAGGAACUCCGGCGGCUACGCACCGACCGCGAUGGAAGGCCACGUAGUCCAUCCCUCUUGGACAUGCUGCCCGCCAGGUGCGUGGAGCUGCAGAGUCAGCUAGAGGCGGUGCGAGAGGAGAACCGUGCCUUGCGCGAGGCCAACGAGGAGCUGCAGGCUCAGCUGCUCUCCUCACACGUCCACGAGGGCCAGUGCCUGGUUGCUGGAGGAGGAGGCCACCGUGCAGCCGACGGAGCCGCCUCACUGGCCACGGAGUUCAGCAACCUCGAGGAACUCUCCAAAGAUAAGCUGAUUGACACGGUGAAGCACGAGAAAGAGGACAAUGUCAGGCUGCGGGCGUACAUCGACGGAAUCCUCCUCAACAUCAUCGAGAACCACCCGCAGCUACUCGAAGUGAAGCCCAUCGUCUGAUGCACGCGUGCCUGAACAACACGUCGUGUCGUGUACAAAGAGACUUGUGCGUUCUUCUCCGUCCUGGGUGUGAAUGCGUAGUUGCACACUGCGUGCCUUGAGGGGUCGGGGCCACACAAACCAAGCCGGUGCCUCGGGAGUAUAUUUUUCUUUCUGCUCGUACCGAUACGUACGAGACGUGCACAUCGACUUCUAGAAGACCACCGUCUUUCACAGGAAGAAACCCGCAGUGCUCUUAUUUUUUUUUCCUCGGAUUUUCUAGGUACGGUGGACGUUUCGAAUUGCGAAUGCCGUCUGUGGCCGUCCGUACGGAAUACUUUGAUUCCGGUCUGAGCAUGUGUGAAAUGCGAAGGUGUUGUGCGCACAAAAAAAAAAAUGCGCGGAGUGCUGCGAUUACGAGGAAAGUCCUUUUGGGGAAUCGGCCCACAGGGUCAAACUGCAUCGUCAAGCUUAGUUUAGUAGACGAUGUUGUCGUUGCAGGCUUUGUUGCCUUCUUCGUGGGUUACGAAAAAGAAAGACGUUCUGAAUGUUAGGUGUGUUGUGGUGAUUCUUUGAGCACAGUCAGUGCAAGGCUUGCUGAGCUCUCUCGGUUAUCAGAAGGAAAAAGACCAAGUCAUUGAAAUUACUUUUCUUUAAAUUUAGUGAUUGUUUAUAGCUUCAUUUAUUUUUUUCUUGUUUUAUCUUUAAUGCCUACAGCUUUUAAAGAGCACAGCAAGGUGUGUUGUAAUUGAAAUUACUUUUCUUUAUUUUAGUGAUUGUUUAUAGUUUCAUUAAUUUUUUUAUUUGAUGGCUCAUUGUUGUUUUUAGUUGUAUUUGUUUUAUCUUUGAUGCCUGCAGCUUUGCAAGAGCACAGCAAGGUGUGUUGCACAGUGUUUCAUCAUAAAGCAUCGGCACAAAUGGGGUGUCCGUACAUGAAUGACAAUGUGAUAAGUCUGAAAGCAGAAUGCAAGACUUCGCAUUCAAUGCAAGGACAUCAAUUUUGAGUUGCAACUGACUAUAGUGUUGAAAAGCUGAUCCCAUAUCCUACCCAAUAAAUGAGAGUUCUCAAGCAAUAGCAUCACUGACGCACAGCAGAAAGCAAUACUUCACUGAAAAUUUUGCCUGCGUUUUAUCGAUGCAUGCGUUGAACAAUUGAUCAUAUUGAAUCUUAAGGGGCUGCCUAUAGCGUGUCUGAAUGAAUUUCGAUAUUUUGUGCCAGGCACCGUGCCUCUUGGCUGUUCUGGCAGGCUAUGAUUCCGCUGUGCUUUUGAGGAUCGCAGAAUUGUUAAGACAUAACCAGCGGUAGCAUUCGAAUGGGACUCGAUACGAUAUCUCGCUUGCCUUUCAGAUCACCACACAUGCUUUUGCCUUUUUGGAAGUGUAAGCAGCUGCCAAUGGAUUAUUUUAGUUGUUGACGCUUGAUCUAGAAAAAUAGUGUUUCGUCAUCUGCGUGCCUUAGUAUUUUUUUUUUCCAUUGCUUUGUUUGUAGCUCGUUAAAGUGACACUUAAGAAAAGUAUGAAGUCAAGCUAGAUUGAAAGAUAAGCCUCUGUAUUGAUGAAGUUUCAGAGUGGGAAAGACUGUUUCGUAAUGCUUUCUUGAAAAAAAAUGACGGAAUUGGCUGCCCCGUUGUUGCGGAUGGCGUUGCUUAUGUGACGUCAGCACUAGCUCAUUAACGGAGAGCAGCACCAUAGAGGAAUUUGACGUAGAGGCUGCAUCAACUUGUCGAUAAUCAUUAAAGUGGUUCACAAUGAGAGGCAGCAAUGGAACCUUUGGAGACAUGUUCCACGCUGAAUUGACAUAGGUUUUACGAGAAAGCUAUAAUAUAGCUUUUAGACAAAUAUCUUCGUAUUCUAGCUUGACUUAAUAUUCUACUUUAGUGUGUCUUUGAGGAGUAUUCAUGCAUCUUGGUCACAUUUGGAGCAACAAAAAAAAAAAUCAAAAUGCUAGACAUACUCCAUGCACACAUCAGGGCAUUCCAGCCACUGAAUAUGUUAUACGCUCCUGUGGAGCAUUGUACAGUUCAAUGAAAGCUAAUAAAUUGUCUAGUUUUUGCGGAAA